AUGGACCGACGAGGCGGCGGUGCGGCGCGCAAAACACUUCUUGCGCCUAUUCACUUCAUAUUCAGCCUUCUUCAAAAGCGCAACACAGUGUCAAUAUGGCUAUAUGAGAAUCUUCUCACCCGCAUAGAGGGCAAAAUCAGGGGUUUCGAUGAGUUCAUGAACCUAGUCGUGGACGAUGCAGUGGAGGUCCAAAUCGCGACAAAAGACGCGCCCGAGAAGAGGAGAAAGCUGGGACAGAUAUUGCUCAAGGGCGACAACGUGUCAUUAAUUCAUGCGCUGGACUAG